GUGUGUAUGCGCACCGCUCUACUAGAGUGAUCAGCAAGAAGAGCAGAGAUCCACAGGGGCUGCAGAAGCUAAGCUGAGCUGUAGAGGAGUGUGUGCAUGAGUGUGUGUGUGUGUGUGUUUCUGAGCCAGGAGGAUGCUGGAGCCGCUGGAGGAGCAUCUAGAUCAGCCUUUACCUGCUGAGCACCUCCCUAAGGAAGACUCAGAGGAUUCUGAGCUGGAGCACAUCAUGGGACGCCCCCCACCCCCAGAGGGCCACAACAGACCCCACACCCCCGGGUCCCCCACCCUGAGGCCUGCGGCAGCACCUAGGGGCCCCGGAGAGCAUGAGUCCAGAACCGGGGUUCCGCGGGGCCGUGUGGAGUUUAGCCUGCCAUCCCCCAUCAGCCCAUCCAGGCCUAAAAGCCCCUGGGGCCGCUAUGACCCCUAUGAUGCCACUGAGGACCAGGAUAAGGAGUAUGUGGGGUUCGCUACGUUGCCAAACCAGGUUCACCGUAAAUCUGUGAAGAAGGGCUUUGACUUCACGCUAAUGGUGGCAGGAGAGUCAGGUUUAGGAAAGUCCACGCUGGUCAACAGUCUGUUCCUCACAGAUCUCUACAAAGACCGCAAGCUGCUGAAUGCUGAAGAGCGGAUCACACAGACGGUGGAGAUCACCAAACAUACAGUGGACAUCGAGGAGAAGGGUGUCAAGCUCAAGCUCACCAUUGUGGACACGCCAGGCUUCGGGGAUGCCGUCAAUAACACAGAAUGCUGGAAGUCAGUGGCAGACUACAUUGACCAGCAGUUUGAGCAGUAUUUCAGAGACGAGAGUGGGCUGAACCGGAAGAACAUUCAGGAUAACCGUGUGCACUGCUGUCUCUACUUCAUCUCACCCUUCGGUCACGGUCUCAGACCUCUGGAUGUGGAGUUCAUGAAGGCUCUUCAUGAGAAGGUGAACAUCGUCCCUGUGCUGGCCAAAGCAGACACACUCACACCGGUAGAGGUCAAGAAGAAGAAGAUUAAGAUUCGAGAAGAGAUUGAGCAGUAUGGCAUCAAAAUCUACCAGUUUCCAGAUUGUGAUUCAGACGAGGACGAGGAGUUCAAGCAGCAGGACCAGGAGCUGAAGGACAGCAUCCCCUUCGCUGUGAUUGGCAGUAACACUGUAGUGGAAGCCAAAGGCAAGCGGGUUCGAGGACGGCUGUACCCCUGGGGGAUCGUUGAGGUGGAGAACCCAGCGCACUGUGACUUCGUGAAGCUGAGGAAUAUGCUGGUGCGCACACACAUGCAGGACCUGAAGGACGUGACCCGGGAAACACACUAUGAGAACUACAGAGCGCACUGCAUCCAGAGCAUGACGCGCAUGGUGGUGAAGGAGCGCAACCGCAAUAAGCUGACGCGGGAGAGCGGCACAGAUUUCCCCAUCCCCACAGCGCCCGGCAUCAGCGACAGCGAGACCGAGAAGCUGAUCCGGGAGAAAGACGAGGAGUUGAGGCGGAUGCAGGAGAUGCUGCAGAAGAUCCAGGAGCAGAUGCACACACAGAGGGAGGUGUACGAGCACAUCUGAAGAACACACACACACAGAGAGAGAGAGAGAGAGAGAAGAGAAGAUGUAUGAGCACAUCUGAAGAACACACACACACACAGACCACCACAGAGAUGUAUGAGCACAUCUGAAGAACACACACACACACACACAGAGGUGAGGGCAUGCACACAGGCUGGUAUUGGUCAUUUAUGAGGACUCUACAGGUGUAAUAUAAGCCCCCUCCCCCAUACAUACCCCUAACCCCGCCCUCACACACCUGUGGAUGAUUAUUAAUGUCAUACACACCUGGUUAAAUAUGAUUUUAAAACUAUUUUAAAUAAUGAGGACACAACUCUUGUCCUCAUAAACCACCAUAUUCACCCCGGUGUCCUCAUAAACCACCAUAUUCACCUCUGUGUCCUCAUAAACCACCAUAUUCACCUCUGUGUCCUCAUAAACCUACACACAUGUGGAUGAUUAUUAAUGUCAUACACACCUGGUUAAAUAUGAUUUUAAAGCUAUUUUAACUAAUGAGGACACAACACCUGUCCUCAUAAACCACAAUAUUCACCUCGGUGUCCUCAAACCACAAUAUUCACCUCGGUGUCCUCAUAAACCACCAUAUUCACCUCGGUGUCCUCAUAAACCACAACAUUCACCUCGGUGUCCUCAUAAACCACAAUAUUCACCUCGGUGUCCUCAUAAACCACC